CGUAAGCCAGUCUUUGUCGUUGAGAGCUCUCUUUAAAAACUCUGUACAGGUAAGAAAACCCGGGGAAGAGGACAACACAGGUUAGAAGGUGCACAGGUGAAAAGGCGAUGUUUGUACCAACAAGACUUUUUAACUAAUUAAUGGAUUAAAAGGAUAGAAAAAACAACAACAGCUUUGUUUCUUUAUAAAUGUUUUUAAUUCUACAACGCUUGUAAAAGGAAAACAAAAUGACAAAAGAAAGAAGAAUGAAAAGAAAAGGAAAUCACAAAAUGGAUAUGUAUGUUUGUAAACACGGCUUCAGCAUCGUGUAGUGAAGUGAACAACAACAAAAAAGCCCACAAAAAACCCACAAAAACCCAAACAAACCCUCAACAACAACAUCGCUCUGCAAUAACCUACAAACAUCAACGGUUGAUUUUAAAACAGUUUGGUAUUGGAUUUCAGCGCUGAACGCUUGUGUCGCUGGAUUCCUAUAGUUAAAACCGAUACAUUUUGUUGUUUAAAGAUUUUGACAGUUCUUGAAGAUUCGCUCAAGAUGUAGGAAGCAAACUGAAAGAGUUAAGACUUGUGAAGCGCUUUUGAAAGAGCGGCGGUGGCGAUCGCGUAACCAAGACAAUGUGGGUGACCACAGCAAGUGCCCGUGCGUGGACAUGGCCUCGGAGUAUUACCACUUCCAGACAAGACACGAGACGUCGUCGUCGUCGUCGCACGUAAAUUUGGCGAGCGGAAAUAGGGUAGGAAUCGGGGAGGAGGGCAGUAGCGUCUCACGAUCCUGUGAAGAGUGCACGAAGUACGUACUGAGCCUUAAUCGAGAAAUCGCCCUGUACGCCAAUCUUGCGGUUGGUUUGGGCGCGUCGAAUGACUCGGACAGACUGAGGGAGGAACUGCGGCACAGCAGACGUAGGGCGACAGAUCUGGCGUACAGGACAAAGCGAAAACUCAUCCCCUUAAUUAGAUACAAGAUGCGACGACAAGAGGACGCCACGACGUUGACGAGGUUGUACAUGCUGUACUCCGGCUGUCUCGAACUUCUCGAGUUACACCUCAUAAAGAGCAUGCACCUGUUGUCCGACUUCCCACUCCAUACAGAUUCCAAGAUAUUGAUAAACACUGGUAUCAGUGACCCGGUGUCCGUGAUCGCCUGUAAGCUGAGCGUGGCGUCAACGCAAACAGACUGUCUGCACGUGGAGACCGCUGUCCUAGAAUCAGAGGCCAUCAACAGACUCAGAAGUGACGUCUCGAACAUCCAUGCACUAUUGUACGAGACGAGUCAAGCCAUUGACGUGAGGCCCUGGGAUGUCGAACCGAAUCUCUCCACCGAUCUCUGUGAUUUCGGCAAAUCGUCGGGAACCAGAAGCAACUCUCUGACAAUUAUCCACAUGAACGAAACAAUCGUUGGAAAUCGUGCAAGAAGAAAGAAGAAGAUUUGGACAAUUGUGUUCUUGCUAAUACUCGCUGUUACGGCUAUCUGUGUCACUGGUCUCUCGGUCGGCUUACUGAGUUAACGCAGUGUUCAGAGGUCAGGCCAGCGUCGGGUCUUUCCGUUAGACGAAGCUGAAAGCACCUCUUGGAGACUUUCUUUAUCAUUAUUAGGAAAUGACACAAGUUUUUCCUUUUGUCUUUUUCUUGUAAAUUCACAGAUUCCCUAAUAUGUUUAGCUUAGUCCUGUAUCAGAGACAAGUGGUCGUCAAGACCCAGGAAUUGUUUUGAUAACAUGGCCUCUUGGAGACUUCUUUAUUGUCUUGAGGGUUGUUUUCCUUUCUUUUACAUGUAUUUGUAAAUUCACAGAUUCCCUGAUAUAUUUAUCCUGCACCUGUAUCUGGGACAAGUGAUUACCAAGAACCAGGAAUUGUUUUGACAACAUGGCGUCUUGGCGACUUCUUGUUUGUUAUGAGGGUUUUUCCUUUCUUUUAUUUUUAAAUUGACAGAUUCCCUGAUACAUCUAUCCUACACCUGUAUCUGGGACAAGUGGUCAUCAAGAACCAGGAAUUGUUUUCACAACAUGGCAUCUUGGAGACUUGUUGUGCAAUUACGAAAUGGCAAAGUUGAUGCUCAAACGAAUGACAAAAUGACCGUGCCAAUGACUACUAUUAUAUCAUGUUGAAGAUUGUGUUAUAUUUAAUACUAGCCCACCGUUACAUUGUGGAACGACAAAGAUUAGAACAUUAGAUAGCACAGGAGUAUAUCGCCAUGACUUUGUCAAAAACGGACAAUCGUUUUGUACAAAGAUCCCAACAGUAGGGCCUAAUUCACAGAAGCAUAUUGUCAUUACUUUAUCAAAAAACGGACCCUCGUUUUGUACAAAUAUCCCGACAAUUGAGCCUAAUUCAAAGAAGCAUGUUGUUGUGACUUCAUCAAAAACGGACUCUUGUUUUAUACAAAUAUCCCAACAGUAGGGCCUAAUUCAAAGAAGCAAGUUGUCAUGACUAUCAAAAUUGGACUCGUUUUGUACAAAGAUCCCGACAGUAGGGCUCAAAUUCAAAGAAGCAAAUUGUCAUGACUUCAUCGAAAUUGGACUCUCAUGUUGUACUGUUUUGUCAUACAGAUGCGAUUGGUAAUUAUUACACAGAGUAGGAAAAUUAUUUCUGGCCAUUUGUCAUCGUUUUGAGUGAAAGUGGUAAAGAUGUCAACUGCCGUUUGUUUCUAUUCAGGCCUGAUGCUUAUAAAACUUUUUGAGUCUAGACUCGAGACUCUAUUAGAUUCUGAGACAGUAGUGUCAUUACAACGCCAUACAAAUUGUAUGUGCGACGUCAUUAGACAUUGAGUCCGGACUCUUAAAAGUUUUAUAAGCACGGGCUCUGAUAUCAAAGAUCAUAGUGAACCUAACCAUUCUGAAGCAUUGUUUACUACUGCAAAAGAAACACAGAACUACAAUUUUAAUAAAUUCACAAUCACACCAUACUAUCCCUCUAAACCGAACACACACGUGGCCAAAUAAAAAGUCCGGUUUUAAGAGGUAUGUGGUUUAGAGAGGUUCUGUUUUAUACUAAUAUUUAAAAAGGGUCCAGUUUUGAGGGAAUACCGGUUUACACAGCUUCCGGUUUUGAAGGGUUUUACAUUAUAAACAUCAUUUAUCAGUGCAAAACACAAACAGAACUACUGUUGUAAUACAUUCCUUCUCCUCAACUUAUAACACAACACAAAAAAGAAGAAGUAAAGUUUGUUUUAUUUAAUGAUGCCACUAGAGCACAUUGAUUUUGUUUUAUUUAAUGAUGCCACUAGAGCACAUUGAUUUUUUAUCUUA